AGUGUGUUUCUAAUUUUAGUUCUCCACAUUCUGGGUGGGGGAAAUGAGCAGAUUAGGCUACGGGUACGCGCCCUCUUUGGUGGUCAGUGCUCUGCUCCCACGACCAAACGCGCGUGACAACAGAUCAUUGUUGCUACUGCUGCUGACUGUAAAGUCCAAACAAACAUGUUUCUGUUCGCCAUCAAGCGGCGAUUUUACCACCGGGCUGUUUUCGUUCGUACAGCAUCCGCAGAGAGCGCAUCAGGUGGUUUUUCUUAGGUAGACUGACAGACCGUCGUUAUUUUAAUUUAGAGCGCAUCCAAAAAGAUGACGGAUGCAGAAAUAACGGAUGUACAGGUGGGGCAGGAGGUUGAGAGAUUCGGAAGUAACCUGCUAGAGAAUAAAAAACUGACCCGCCUAUACUGCAUGAAUGGCGGACAUCAUCUGCAGAUUCUCCCGGAUGGGACAGUGGGAGGCAAGAGGGACGAGAAUGACGUUCACACGGUCCUGAGGUUGAAAUCUGUGGACCAUGGUGUGGUUGUCAUCCAGGGGACAGAGGCAGGACUCUACUUGGCCAUGAGCAGUGAGGGAAAACUACACAGUUCAUCGAUAGUUACGGAUCAGUGUUAUUUCCUGGAGAAGAUAGAGGUGAACCAUUACAACACAUAUCAGGCCCAGAAGUACCAGGACAGGAGCUGGUACGUGGGACUGAAGAAGAACGGGAAACCCAAAUUAGGGUCCAGAACCCACAUAGGGCAGAAGGCCAUCUUCUUCUUGCCCCGGUGGCUGGAGGGCACAGGGGAGUGAAGGGGUGUAAGGCCAGGGGUGCAUCAAAUGGCCAAAUGUAGUGCACUAUAUUGGGAAUAGGGUGCCAUUUUAGACGCAUCCAUUCCAAGGUGCUCAUUGGGAAAUUGCAGACAGGCUAAACAAACAGUAUUUGAAAUUUCAACUAGCACUGAAGCUUGAGUUGCAGGUUAUAACAGCAGCUAUAAUGCCUUCACUGACCUGUUAUAGAUGCUGUCAUCUGUAUAAACUGUUGUAGCUAUAUGAUGGACAGCUAACUGGCAGAAUCGUGCUAAAACCUGACCAAAUGAAUCAUUCUACUCCACACUACGCCGCUAGCUAGAAAUAUAGAAUGUAUAUCUCUGCUGAUGUGAUAUGACUAUUGUUCACUGUGGUCCUCUGUAGCUCAGUUGGUACAGAAUGGAGCUUGCAAUGGCAGGAUAUUUGGUUCAAUACCCGGGACCAGCCGUACGUAAAAUGUAUGCAUGCAUUACUGUAAUUCGCUUUAGAUAAGAGUGUCUGCUAAAUGACUAAAAUGUCAAACGUAUUUAAAUAUAAUCAAGGAUUGAAUCAUGACAACACUAAUGCUAUGUAGCUAUAUAUGGAAAUGCAUGGUUAGUGUCUUUCACCAGUCAAUUCUUAUAGAAAGCUGAUGGGAUAAGAUAUGACAUACUGUACAUUCAAAACCAUAAAACCCUCUGGGAACUGUAGCUGUUGGUGUCGUCAUUGCAUCUUUCAACCACAAGGUGUGAGUGCUGCACAAUAUUUUCCGACAAGCCUCAACUCUCUUGCAAAGCCUGCACGCAAAACCUGCAACAGAGAUCAUCAACCUCUCUUUUAAAAAGUGACAUUUAUUAGACAUGAAGCUUUUUUACAGUUUAAAACAUCUCAUAACAAUAAAAUCCCAAGGAUCCAGCUGUACCACUUCCCACAGAGAUCAGAGCUGUGUGUGUCUCGGACUGGGUUUGGAUCUUAGCUGCGCUGUACCAUUCCACAUACAGGGCUAAGCAAGAAAUCUAAACAACUGGUUUAAAACAGACUGGCUGGCAUACAGGGGGGUCCGUUAGAGCGGGUUUGAGAGAAUUUAGUUAAUAAUUUGCCAACAAUUGCUUAAAGAGAAAGAUCGACAAGUAAGAGUAUAUUUUCUUGUCUUCUUACUUCAUCUAAUUAGUAUGGUCAUAGACCACUUAUAAAUUGCCAUAUCACCCUUAUGAAAGCUCUGUACUCACUGAAUAACUACAGGUACUACCGUUUGGUCAUGUAUAGUUGAUUGCAUGGAUAAUAUGUCCGUUUCCAUUGGGAGGAACUCCCUGGGGUUUUAUUAGAAUGUUUCUGAAAGUGCACCUGCUUACAUUUUAUGAUAGCAUCAUAGUUAGUUUACAUACCUAAUGUGGUAAUUCUCUACACUAAACAAUAAAACUGCAUGACUUGUACAACAAAAACACUUGCACGACAUCUUUACCUUCAGAUGUGCACGUACGAUACUUUAUGUGCGCACAUACCUCAAACGUAAAAGGUAGGAUUCUGUCUUAUAGGAAUAAUUAAUGACUCAAAAUGUAGCAUAGAACUCUGCCCUCUAUUGGCUAGAAAUAAGGCUUCUUAUGGAGCCGACAGGUAUUGGGCAUAAUUACUUGUUAUAAGCAUGUAUAAAACGUCAAUAUGUUUUAUUACAAACUCAAAUUGUAAUGCCAUAUGUGACUAUUUUUUUCCAUCCUGAACUGGUUGAUCUCAUGAUUACUAUGAACUGAUACGAAAACAUAAAGGUGCUUAUGACAAGUCUUAUAGUGCAUUAUGACUGCAUUGUAAUGCAUUAUACCUGUGGGCUUUGAACAAAGUGUUACCGAAAUAAGACUGAUCCCUAUUGGCUUGAGGGGCAGAUGCAUGCUAAUACACCACCAUCAAAUGAUAGAAGGCAUUACCCAUACAUUACAGACUGAACAUGUAAAAUAG